AAGAGAAAAAUAAACAAGUAAAAAAGACGAGAAAAAAGGAGGCCAUAGACGACACAAAAUCUAUAAAUCUCGACGCGUAUAUAUAAACUUUUUUUUCGCCUUCUCCUCCUGUCUGAAUAUAUCUGCAAUUCAAUUCCAGAAGGCCCGAAUCGAUCGAACCCUAGCGGCCUCAUCGAUCUCCAUCGCCAUAUCUACGCACCCAUCCAAUCCAAUCCAUCGUCGUCUUCUUCUUCUUCUUCUUUCUUCCUCCUCUCAUCGAUCAAUCAGCUUCGUGUUCAUCAACCCUAGUAGCUGCUGCUACUACCCUCGGAGCAGCUUGGUGCGAGUGUUGGGCUCUCCUGUCGUCGAUCUCAAGCUCUGGAAGAACGGCCGGCGGCGGCGGCGGCGGCGCAUCAUGGUGAUGGUGAGCAUGGAUAGCCCGGGCGGCGGCGGCGGCGGCGCGAUGGCGCAGCAGCAGCAGCAGUCGGAGGAGGACCUCGGGCCGCCGUGGCUGCGGCCGCUGCUGCAGACGAGCUUCUUCGUGGCGUGCGGCGCGCACCCGGACCUGAGCAAGAACGAGUGCAACCUCUUCUGCCUCGGCUGCACCGGCGACGCCCUCUGCGCCUACUGCGUCCCGGCCCACCGCGACCACCACGUCGUGCAGAUACGGAGGUCGUCGUACCACAACGUGAUCAGGGUAUCGGAGGUGGGGAAGCUGAUCGACAUCUCGCACGUGCAGACGUACGUGAUCAACAGCGCCAAGAUCGUGUUCCUCAACGGCCGGCCGCAGGCCAGGCCCGGCAAGGGCGUCACCAACACCUGCGAGAUCUGCUGCCGCAGCCUCCCGGACUCCUUCCGCUUCUGCUCCCUCGGCUGCAAACUGGGAGGAAUGCGGUGGGACCCGAGCCUGACAUUCGCCAUCCGGCCGAAGCGCAGCCAGGACUCCGGCGACGGCUCCGGCUCCGACUACGAGUCCUUCAGCCCCAAGAAGCCGAGGAAGGCCGGCUACGAGCUCGGCCGGUUCGACCGGGGCGUCCGGUGGUCCGACGACGAGGGCAGCAAGUCCAACACGGCGCCGAUCACGCCGACCACGCCGCCGAUCAACCGGUGCCGGCCGUCGAGGAGGAAGGGCAUCCCCCACCGUGCACCCUUCUACGGUUAGACCCACACCCCAACGAAAAUGAUCACUCACCAUAAUCGAAUCACUAGCUCAGUAGUUCUUCAGCCAAAGUGACCAAAUCCUACCACUGCUAGCUAGCUUGUCACAAAUAUAUACAUACAUGAAGUGUCAGGUCUGAAAAAUACUUGAAUAGUGAAGUGAUCCACUCAGCUACUGUUAGGUCACACUAGCUAGAGAGUUGAUUAGCUAUAUAGCCUGAUACAUAUAGCUGUAUAAACAUACAAGAAUAUAUAUACACAAUAAUCUAGGUCUUGAAGUAUAUAUAUGUGUAUAUAUAUAGGCCAUGGUGGUGAUGGCCUGGUUUCCAUGUAGACACAAGGUUAAAAGAAGGAAAGGGAGACACAGGGAUGAUUAGAACACAUAGGGUAGGGGUUUUUAAUUAGUUUGGGGGGUUAGGUCGAGAUUGAUAUGUGAAAAAGGAAUAAGCAUCAUGUAUUUAUCUCGGUUUGUGUAGUAUAUACUUGUUGGCUGCUUGCCUCCACCACCCAAUGCGUUUAUUAGCGUUGUGGUGUGUAGUUUUCCACUUUAAGUUUCAGAGUUUCUCUUUUCUGGGACUUAAUUUGUAUAGACAGUGUAUGAUGCUUUACUGGGAAAAAUAAGGAAAAAAUGAAAUGAUGGAUGACUUAAGCUUUUGAUUUUAAUUACUUUCUUGUAACUUAUGUGAAGGUGGAAA